UCUCUCUCCCUCUCUCUCACACACAAAAAACACACACAGUACCAUAAAACUCUCUCCUCUUUCUCUCUCUACUUUUCUUCUUCUGGAGAUACGGAAACACUCAGCAAUAAUCUUCAUCAAAAUACAACACACACACAUACACAUUUUUAUAUACACAUACGUGUAUGUAUAUACGUACAAAUUAUGCCUACACACACAGCACACGUUAUUUUCCGCGCAGCUGAGAUAAGUUGUCUUCUGCUCGUUCAUUCAUUCAUUGAAACGGGACCAAAAUGAUCUCUUGGUGCGCAAAUUGCCGAACUUUCGUAUGUUGUUUUGCUGGAUUUUCGCCCCUUUCGUAUGAUUCAAGUAUUCGGCCGUUGGGAUUUUCGUUGUUUUUUGAUGAUUGGAUAAAUGGGAGGUGAUCUCUGUACAGGCUGUUGGAUCACAACCUGCCUCCGAUUGGAGUGAAUAAAACGUUAAUUUUUUUUUUUUUUUCGAAAAUUAGGGAUGUAAUAAAAAGAACUCAACAAUAAUAAAGGAAUUGGGAUGAAGAGGUCUAGAGAUGAUGUGUUUGUGAGUUCUCAACCGAAACGCCCUGCCAUUUCUCCUCGCGUUGAACCAUCUGGGCAGGUCCAGAUGUCAACUGCAAGCAGUGCGCAGAGGCUGACAACAACUGAUGCCUUGACAUAUCUCAAAACGGUGAAGGAAAUUUUUCAAGACAAAAGGGAUAAAUAUGACGAAUUUCUUGACGUCAUGAAAGAUUUCAAGGGUCAAAGAAUCGAUACAACUGGUGUUAUAUUGAGAGUGAAGGAGUUAUUUAAAGGUAACCGAGACCUGAUUUUGGGUUUCAAUACCUUUUUGCCAAAGGGAUACGAAAUCACCCUCCAACCGGAGGAUGAACCAUUCCUUAAAAAGAAGCCUGUAGAGUUUGAAGAGGCCAUCAGUUUUGUAAACAAAAUCAAGACUAGAUUUCAAGGCGACGAUCAUGUAUACAAAGCUUUCCUGGAUAUUUUGAACAUGUACAGAAAAGAUAACAAGUCAAUAACAGAGGUCUAUCAGGAGGUUUCAGUUCUCUUUCAGGACCAUGCCGACCUACUUGUAGAGUUCACUCAUUUUUUACCUUGUACUUCGGGCUCUGCCUCUGUCCAGUAUGUGCAGCCUGGUAGGAAUCAGAUCCUACGUGGAGAUGAUAGAGGCUCCCCGAUAACCUCAACAAGGCCCAUUCAUGUUGAAAAGAAGCCUGCUGUUCCAUAUGCUGUUUGUGACCGCUACAUUAAUCGUCCUGAUUCAGAGCAGUGCAAUUAUGGCGAGAAAGAAAAGGAGAAGACAGAAGACAUAGAUAAAAAUGAGCGGGAACACGAUGAUAGCUACAAGAGAAAAUCCGCUCCUCGAGAUGAUUCUGUGUCCGACCAGUUUCAUCGAGGGAUACAGGACCCAGAGUCAGCUUUUACCGAGAAAGUGAAGGAACGAUUACAGGAUCUUGAAGACCACGAAAAAAUUUCAGAUUGCAUUCGUUCCUAUAAGAACAAGUUUGUCACAGCAGCUCAAUUUAGAAUGCUGGUAGCUAGUUUAAUUGGAGCACAUCCAGACCUUAUGGAGGCAUGUGAAGCUUUCAUAUCUUACAUCGAGAAGACUGAAAGCUUGCGGAACAAUAAACAGGGUUUCAGAUCUUUAAAGAUGGAUGGAGAUGAUCAUGAAAGGGAAGACAGAGAGAAAAAUGGAGACCAUAAUAACAGAGAAAGGGAUAGACAUGAAAGAGGUCUUGCCUUUAACACUAAAGAUGUCCUAGGACAGAGGAUGUCUUCGUAUCCAAGCAAAGAGAAGUUUAUGGCAAAACCCAUUCAAGAACUCGAUCUCUCUAACUGUGAAAGCUGCACUCCGAGUUAUAGACUUCUUCCACACAAUUACCCAAUCCCAUCAGCAAGCUGUAGAACAGAGAUGGGUGCUGAAGUUUUGAAUGAUCGUUGGGUAUCCGUGACCUCAGGAAGUGAGGAUUACUCCUUCAAACACAUGCGUAAAAAUCAAUAUGAAGAAAGCUUGUUUCGGUGUGAGGACGACAGGUUUGAACUUGACAUGUUGUUGGAAUCUGUAAACGCAACAGCCAAGCGUGUUGAAGAAAUUUUAGACCGAAUGAAUGCUCAUACAAAUAACAAAGACAGUUCAUUUUGUAUUGAAGAUCAUCUGACAGCUCUUAACCUUCGGUGUAUUGAACGGUUAUAUGGUGACCAUGGGCUUGAUGUAAUGGAUGUAUUGAGGAAGAAUGCACCUCUUUCCCUGCCAGUUAUUUUGACCCGGUUGAAGCAGAAACAGGAAGAAUGGGCAAGGUGCCGUGCUGAUUUCAAUAAAGUUUGGGCGGAUAUAUAUGCUAAGAACUACCACAAAUCACUCGAUCACAGGAGCUUCUAUUUUAAGCAGCAGGAUACAAAGAACUUGAGCACUAAAGCAUUGCUGGUCGAGAUCAAAGACAUCUGCGAGAAGCAUCAGAGUGAAAACGACGUGUUCCUCUCUAUUGGUGCUGGAUAUAAGCAGCCCAUUGUGCCUCAUAUGAGAUUUGAAUAUCCUGACCCAGAGAUCCAACAAGACCUGUACAAGCUCAUGAAAUAUUCUUGCGAAGAAGUUUGUACACCUGAUCAACGUGACAAAGUCAUGAAGAUUUGGACAACUUUCCUUGAGCCAGUGCUUGGUGUUCCUUUCCGCCAUACCAAAGCAGUGGCCAAAGGAGAUGCUGUUAAGGCUAGCAAUCAUAUAGCUGCAAGUUCGAGCGCAAUUGGUGAAGAGAAUAGUAGUCCUGUGGGCGAGGCUGCUUUACCUGCCGAAAAUGGAGACGAACAAAAAAUGCUGACGUCACAUGGUAACAAUGGGGUUAAUAACGAUGCUCCCAACAAUGGACUGAUGCAGACUGAUACCAAUAUGAUGGCUGCUAUGUCAUUGACUGUCAAACAAGGUGAGGAAGGUACUUCAAUUGGUGCAGGAGAAAAGAACUGUGCUGGGCCUGAAUAUGCCAGUGCUGAUUGUGGGAUAGAGACGAUGCCUGGUCAGGAAUCAAAGGAUGGUGUUAUUGCAAAACCAACUUCAUCUUCAAUUGGCAUGUUGCCGAAAGAGGGGAAAUAUCAGAAAUCCCAUGAAGAAACUGAUGCUUGCACUAAAGGUGAACGAGAAGAGGGUGAGUUGUCUCCUAAUAGAAAUCUUGAAGAGAUUGCAGCAUUGGGAAAUAGCGCUACCAAGGCAGAGCAGAGUCCUCGUGCAAGUGAUCCAAGCACCAAGGCAAUUAAAGGUGAAGAAAUGUGCAUUGAGGAGGCAGGAGUAGAGACUGAUGCGAAUGCUGAUGAUGAAGUCGAGGAAAGUGCUCACGGCUCAUCAGAGAGUGAAAAUGCUUCUGAAAAUGGUGAUGCUUCUGCAAGUGAGUCUGCUAAUGGAGAAGAAUGUUCUCCUGUAGAGCCUGAUGAUGAGAACGACGUCAAGGCUGAGGAGAGUGAAGGAGAGGCGAAUGAUGUGGCGGAUGUCAAUGAAACUGAAGGAGCAAUGCCGUUUUCCGACCGUGUUCUACUGUCGGCAAAGCCUCUUACAUUGAAAAUCCCGAAGGCGUUACAGGAAAAAGAGACAAAUACUCGGAUCUUUUAUGGAAAUGAUUCCUUCUACUUGCUUUUCAGGCUUCACAAGAUGUUGUACGAAAGAAUGCAGACUGCCAAGUUGCAUUCUUCAUCUCCUGAAAAUAAAUGGAGGAUGCUGAAUGAUGCAAAUCCAACAGACACAUAUGAUAGAUUUAAGGAUGCACUGCACAGUUUGCUGAAUGGAUCCUCUGAUAGUGCUAAAUUUGAGGAUGAGUGCCGAGCCGUUGUUGGUGCUCAAUCUUACAUCCUCUUUACAUUAGACAAGCUGAUACAUAAACUUGUGAAACAGUUACAAACAAUUGCAGCAGAGGAGAUAGACAACAAACUCAUUCAACUCUAUGAAUAUGAAAGAUCAAGAAACCCUAAAACAUUUUCUGAUGCAGUUUACCGUCUGAAUGCUCGCUUUCUUCUUCCGGAAGAUAACUUGUAUCGAAUAGAAUAUCUGCCUUCUCCAAUGAGUUUGACCUUACAGCUGAUGAGAAAUGAUCUAGACAAACCCGAACCAGCUGCCGUCUCCGUGGACCCCACAUUUGCAGCUUAUUUGAACGAUGACCUCCUCUCAGUUCAGCCUGAACGAUACCAAAGACCCGGGGUAUUCUUGAAGAGAAACAAGAUCAAAUUUUCAAAAGGAGAUGAACUUAGUGAUACUACGGAAGCCAUGGAAGGACUUAUAAUUCAUAAUGGUGUGGAAAUGAGAUUGAAUAGCCAGACUAUGAAGAUUGGUUACGUUUUAGACACUGAGGACUUCUUGUAUCGGACACGAAGAAGAAGGAAGGAGUUGUAUCACAAGAAACCCCGCAAUGAUUCUUCCGUCGGAACUUCCAAUGGAACUUCCGAUGGCUCCUCCCAGAGAGUCAAACGUCGCAAGUUGAUUUUGGGUAUGGAGUGAAAUGUUCGUCAAGGCGGAGAAAAUUGGAGUAAUGGGGUGAUCUUCUCGUCAAAUGGCAAUAUGAUGCAGUGUUUUUCUUUCGAGUCUAAUAAAGGUGAUGAAAGGAGAGAAUUUAGUUUUAGACUUAAUGGUGUCUCGACUUUGAGUUAUUUUAUGUCGUAAAAAGAUUGAGAACUAAUGUUCCAUUCGUUCGCUCUAAUUAAGACCGAGUUUAUUUUAAUGUAGUUUAUGCACUCUUAGCAUGUUUUCUGUGGCAUCUGCAUUUUA